GUCUUCAUCAUUAUGGAAGACUGCAGAAUGGUGGCAUUUCAGUUCUGAUAUUUAUGAAAUAAUAUUUAAAAAAGAAAUAACUUUUACUGUUUAAUAAAUAAAUAAACACAGUGUUGUUAACUUCUGCGUCAUAAACUUCAUCCUGUGAAUGGCAAGCAAAUUCGAAGCAUUAAUUGAAAUUGACCAGGAUGGAAAUAUACCAAAUCUAACUGGGAAUGGUAUGAUCAAUACAAAUCUUACACUAACAAACCAGCACACUGUUUUGGCAGAUGUUUACACUGAAAUGCCAGUGUCGACGGAGAUCCAGCGCUUACGCGAAAUCCACAAAGACCCAGAGUUGCCCUUAAAUAUCAUUAUGUGGAUAAAAAUUGGACACAAUGACUACAUACCAUUGGCAGAGCACAAGCCAGUUUCCAGCUACUUGGUCAACACUAUCCAAGACGUGGCAUUUAAAUUUACACGCAGAUAAAUUGAG